UUGUAAUCACUGCUGUUUCUCUGUUUCGGCUGUUCUGAUUGGCCAGUAGCUCUAAAUAUCAUUUCCGGGUCAGCAGCUACAGGUUGCUAAGAAGUUGGUGCAGAAGACACGUCAGCUGGCUGGAAAACCAGCACAAACUGUGACACCUGCUCAUAAAGCACAAUGUCAUAAACCUCUGCGCUGCAUUUAAACGCGCGCUGCCGAAUGUUACAGUGAAGAAGAAAUCGGCUGCUGUAGCGUCUCUCGUGCUGAGAUUGAGAGCGAGGUCAGCAUCACUCAGUCUGGACUCAUCCGACACGACCCACACGAGAUGAUCAGACCAGCAGCGCGGCGGUGUCUUGGAUGAGAGAGCUCACCGGAUCGGCGCUUUUGUCUUCCGCACCCUGCUGGACAUGUCGUCCCCGUCGCCGGUGCAGAUCAGAGAGGCGAACGCGCACCUGGCGGCGCUGCACGGGCGGGUCACGGACCUGGAGCACAGGCUGGAGGAAGCGGAGAGAACCGUGCGGGAGCAGGCCGAGAGUCUCAUCCGCAAAGAUGAGCAGCUGAGAGCUGCCACGCAAGAAAUCACGGAGGCCAAGGACAAAGAGAUUUUCUUCCUCCACGAGAAGCUUUGUCAAUCAGAGGAAUCCAUCCAUAAACUCAACCAAACGAUUAAGGAAAAAGAUUCUCUAAUCGGACAGUUACAACACCGAUGUCAGUUGCUGGACAGCAUUUGCAAAAGCCGUCCAUUACUGGACAGCAUGCUGGCCCAGAUGGCCGAGGCAGAGAGGAUGGGGCCUGUCAUUGACCUGGGGAAGCCCACGACCAACAGCUCUCUCACGGACGGAGAGUCCAACUGCAGCCUCUCCAACCACAAAGACUUCUCCCUCAGCGAGGACGACUCUGACGAUCAGGAAUUAGAUGGGGUUGUGUUUGGGACCACAGUAUGAGAGUCUCAGUUCAACUGCUCCUCGUCUCAGGUUUAGCAGCCUGUGUGUUUUGAUAGUUACAACUGAUUCGAUGUCUGGUUAAAAAUAUCCAUUGUAUCAUAAUGCAGGUUACUGGAGUGUGAAUGGGAUUCUACUGUAAAGAGAGAAUGCCUGGUCAAUUCUAGUUAAAUCUAUGCGCAAAUUGAUGCAAGUAUGCCACAUAUCUUAUAGAUUUGUCCCUCAGACCUCUUCAGUUCUCAUUACUGAAUGGAACAGGAGUGUUUUUUUUUUUGUUUUUUUUUAAAGGUUCAGUUUAAGAUGGUCUAACUAGUUUUUAUUUUGGUUGUUAACUUGUUUUAUUCAUCCCUUUUUAACUUUAAAUUUGCAUAUGCUCUGAUAUUUUUCUCAGCUGUUUAUACCUUAUGGAUUUAUUGCAUUACCUGAAUAUUAGAGAAGAAUGUUUUAAAAAUGUACAUUGUAAUUACCUGUUACAUGCAGUCCAUCUGCAUUUUUUUUUUUUUUUUUUUUUUUUAUCCAGUCCUGUUUUACAAAGAGCAUCUGGGAAAAUGUUUUGGAGAUGCAAUAUACUCUGAAGUUGCAUGUUUGCUGUUUUGUUGAAGCCUCUCGGUGAACAAUUUCAGCAGUCAUUGACAAUGUACAGUACAUAUGAUGGAUUCUGGUUUAGCUUAGAUUUUCUGUCAUGCAUAUGUGAAUUUUAGUUGUUACAUUUUGUUGUUACAAAGUAAAACAGUGCCUAAAAGACUCAUGGUUGCUUGUUUGAUGGAAUUAUUUAUUCAGAAAAAUUCUAAUAAAUUAUUUUGUUAUUCUUCA